AUGCCCGGACUCGAGGAUCUAUCGGAGCUCUCAGAGGCAAUCUCUUCAGUAUCUUCUCAGAAUAUAAAUUUGAAAACUUUCAUCCGGGAAGAAUGGAUCCAUUCUUUGAAUGGUAAUAUGCAUUCUAAGAAAUUCACUUUACGCUCCGGCUGCGACUUUGUCAAGAAUUGUCAAGCAUAUCUUGAACGAUGGAACCGUCCAAGUGAAUACCUCGAUAAUUAUAUCAAGAGGCUGGAAGGAUACAUAUGUCUCCCAGCGUUGGUUCUUCAAAACCCCCCCGAAAACGAGGAGCUACCCUUCGACAUGCUGGUCGCUAGUUCACCAACUUUCCAGUGGCUCAACAGCAUACUGAGGCCGCUCGGACUCAGUAUCAAGAACGUACGCACCAUCAACCUAUUCCCAUUCAUUACAGAGAAUUGGUUGAGGUCUUUGGGGCCAGCAGACCAGGAAAAAGCUUUACGAGAGUCUUUGGACUUAACGAUCGAGCUUUUCAAGACUUAUCAGCUGGAAACAGUCAUUUCUUGCCAGUGUCUUACACAGAAGGCGCCUGAGUGGCUUGGACCCCUCGUAUACCAUCCUCUUGUUCGGGGCCUCUCUUCAAGUGUUUUAAAUGCCAAAAACCGCGCAAUUAAAACUGUACAACUCUAUGGUCGUACAAUUAACGUCAUUCAAGGUUUUCAUCCCAGCUACAUACUUCGAGCACCCAGAGAGACAUAUCGGAACGACAGGCACCGCAUCCUAUCUUCUCUGUUAACUGAUACUUAUGCACCCUGUCAAUUGUGGAGGAAACAGGAAAUUAUCGCGAGUAUGGGGAAUAUGUUACCACAACUCCAGGAGUCAGCUUCCAAUUUGCGCAAUUUGAUCUGGAGUUUUCAGGCUUUGGAACAAAAGCUAUACACUGUGUCUAGCAAUACCGAUUACUACGUGUAUAGUGGUGAUCGGGGGAAUGGUGGGAAUGAACCCCCCUUUUCAAUUCAGCUUUGGCUUAAAGUCUUGUGCUAUUCUUGUUCUGUCUACCGUCACAGGCCCUGGCUUUGGGGUUGA